AUCGUAAUCUAUACUAAGAGAUUUUGAUUAAAUUCCAUUUUUUAUAGUAAACUUUCUGCAAAAUAUCAUCAGUAAUCACAACAUACGAAAACACUUACUAACAACAUUAGCUUCUACCUCUGCUGAUGAUAGCUAGUAAUUAAAUUUCACUAAUAAUCCUUCAAUCCAAAAUGAAUUAUAUCCUUAUAAAAAAGUACAGAUAAACCAAUAUUAUUUUAAGUGCAAAAAGUGUGAACUGGAACAGGUAUCAGUUUUAUUUUAUAUUAGGUUUUAAUUUAGUUUAUUACAGAAUCUUUAUACAGAACCUCUACAAAAAUGGUUUUAAAAUUAAUAUUAGUGCUUUGUUUGAUUUUCGUUGGUAUCAAAUCUGCAUCAGUGUUUAAUGCUGAGAGUUUUGCUUCAUACCAUGAAAGAUUUCAUCCCACAAAUAAUGAUACCAGUACAUUCAUUGUGGGUGGUCUACCUGUAGAUAUAUCGUCUUAUAGGUACCAAGUUUCUCUUCAGUAUUGGCAUAGACAUAUGUGUGGAGGAGCUUUGAUUUCAAAUCUAUGGGUUUUGACGGCAGCUCAUUGUACCAAAAUGUUCAUUUUUCCUCUGCCCAAAUAUUCCAUGUCAGUCCGUCUGGGAUCGAGAUUUCAGCAAAAUGAAGGUUUUGUCUAUCAAAUUGCCGAAGUCAUUGAUCAUCCUCAAUAUAAUUUCAAUACUAUAGACUACGACAUAUCUUUACUUCGAUUGGGUAGAGCAGUGACAUUUGGCAAUACUAUCCAGCCCAUUCCGUUACCAUCAAGGGAUCAGGCUUUGGUACCUGGUUCAGUUUGUACUAUAACUGGUUGGGGUACUUUAACACAAGGUGGCGUUACUCCAGCUGGAUUACAGAUGGUGCAAGUACCCUUGAUCAGCAAUGAAAGCUGUAACCAGUAUUAUUCAACUGGCACAGGACCCGCAGCUAUAACAGACGGAAUGAUGUGCGCCGGAUCUCCAUACGGAGGAAGAGACGCUUGCCAAAACGAUUCUGGUGGUCCAUUGGUAGUUGAUGGACUUCUAAUUGGCAUUGUUAGCUGGGGUUAUGGUUGCGCUCAGUAUCAGGCACCUGGAGUAUACGCUAACGUGGUGUUUUUCAGGGACUGGAUACAACAACACAGUGGGCUUUAAGAAAAUAAUAAAUAAAUACAAAUUAAUA